UUCUGGGAAGCAGCUGCAGAGCACACCUCGUUUAACCUUUGCACAUUUCUUCCAUUUUACAAACAAAAAAUAAGUAAAAAUAAAGAGUUUAUGCUGACGUGAAAUGUGAGAGCCGACAGACGACAGGUGAACUCGCUGAAGCUACAGGGAACUACACAGACAGGUGACCAGUUCCUCUAAAGUUUUACUUGACUGCAGCAAGAAAACUCUGGCUCAUGUUUCAACUCAUACAUGAAAAGAUGAUGUUUCCACCACCUUUAACUUUUUACUGAACCGAGGACUCCCUUGUCACUCAACCUUGCCACUUAGUGGAGCUCUGAGGGUUCAGCUGCAUCCUGGUCAAGAGAGGUCUUCCAGACAACUACCUCCCUCAUCUGGGGAGAUGCCUGCUCUGCAACAUUUCCCCCAGAUCUGCUGAAGAAAUUAUAACACCAACAUCCAUCCCAGCAGUUACAGGAGUUUAAGAGUCAGCUGUUUUAGAAAGAGAAGCUCUCAACUAACAGGUCACAGAAACAGAGUUUUGAUUGAUAUAUGUGUGAUAUACUCCCACGAUCAAUGAUUUGAUGACAGAGUUAAUGUUGCCCCAAAGUAAGAGACAGAUCUUGUCCAAUAAGCAACAAAUUGAGCCACAGAGGAAAAGUCACUCCCUAAAAGAGACUAUAUAGACAAAAGCAAAGCCAGAUGGAACUAUCAUCAAAUGGGACACUCUCUACAGCUACAACAGCACAAAACGACACUUCAACUAACCCGACAGACAAACCAAACUCUCACAACUGGGAGUUCCUGGUGGCCGUCCUGGCCACAGCCAUCUCUGUCUCCAUUAUCAUUGCCCUUCUGGCUAAAUGUCAGGUGGUUCGGCGCUACCUGGCCAGCUACAGACACACACGGCUGAGUGAAACAGACACCGUUAGCCAUUGUGACCCAACAGGCCUAGAGGUGCAAUUUGCCAUGCAUGAGGGACGUGGAAUGAACCCUCACUGUCUCCCUCCUGUGACCGAGGAAGACGAUGAUGGCUUCAUUGAGGACAACUACAUCCCAGCCAGUGAGAGGGCGAGGGCUGAGAGAGCAGCGGAGAACAUGGAGGACACAGAGGAGGAGAUGGAUGAAAUUGAAUUUUCCAUCGGUUAGAAGGAGUGGCGCUACUCCUCCCCUGAACCACCAAUUCCACUCCCACUCCCACUUUUUCUUUUUUGUUUUUGUUUGAUAUUACCAAAUGAGCACUUGUUAAACAUUGGGUAAGUUUCAGAAAAGUAUAAAGAAAUGCAGAUGCCAUUUUUAAGAGCAUCUUCAUUGUAAGGACACACAGAAUUUUUAGAAUAUCCUCAGGAAAAUAAAUACAAAUCAAGCAGGUCGAGCUUCAUGCUUACUGUAGUUGACUGUUUGGAUAGGACUGUAAUAAUCAUAAAUGUUUUUUUCAUUCCAAGAGAUUAUGAAAGCCAUAACAUUUCUUCCAACAACUGUAAAUAUGAACCUUACACAAUCACCUCUGCAUUUGUUGACAGUUAUUUGCUUGAAUUGAUUAUGUGGUUGAUUUAACCUUUAUUAUUUAGACUGAAAACCAAAAUUGUGCUAAAUGUAAACAGAAAUCUGUCAUAUUUUGUUAUUGAAACUUAAGCAAAGAUAUAUAGUAUGGAUGAAUGUAUAUUGUGACUGAAGACCAUUUUUUUGUGUAAUUAAUAAGUCUACACUUGUUAACUGUUGACAAUUUUGAAUGACAUGUUUUCUGUCAGAGUGGCUUUGUAAGAAAAAAAAUACAAAGCUAUUUUAAAUUCUUAAAUUGUGCUGUUACACCAUCACUGUAGUUUGUGAUUUCUGCUUUUUUUUAAAGCUGAGUACAACAUUCCAUGAAAAGAUUUUUCAAUUAGAAAUAUAGAAUAUGGAAAAAACCUGACUGCUACAUGAAAAAUGUAGGCCGGAACACCAGUUCAAUUAAAGUAAAAGAUGUACCCUACUUGUAAUUUGUUACUUUCGACUCUCAGCUGCUAUUUCCAGGAUAGUAACAAUAGACUCUCAAAACUUAUAAUGUGGUUUUAUAAGUGCAUAGAAGCAAUUUGCAAACAGUUUGACCUUAAUAAAAAUCCAGUUGUAAGUGCAACUGUAACAUUUUUUCUGUCUGCAUGGCCCAUUUUUAAAUUCAAAACACGGGUGCGACUCUCCAUUCAGAAUAUUUUCCCCACAUUUUGGUCUGGUAUUAAAUAAUCACCUUUCUUUUUAAACUUUACAACACUGGUAACAACAACAGUAAUUAAGCUUGACACAGCGUCUCAGAUGGAGGCCUGGAGCGUUUGGGAUCCUCUGAGACCAUCCAGCUGAUGAGAGCGGUCUGACAGGUCUGUGUGAAGCUGUCAGGCGAGGCUUUACCCGGAAACACAGCAAGUCAAGUUCACACAGACUCACCAGAGCAAAACCAGGAAACCUAGUUAUCCUGCUUUCAAAAUACAUGUAAAGACUUCAACAGCUGUUGUCAAUGGCUUUAUAAAUUGAAACAAACAAUAUAGAGGCUAAAUGUACAUGUUGGUUAUUGGUCAGUGGUGGAAGUUAUAUUUAGACCCUUACAACUAUAUAUAAAAUACUCUUAUUCAAGUAAAUGUUCUGCAUUAACUGUUUAUUUAAGUAAAAGUACAGAAGUAUCCAGCAAAAGGUAUCAAACUACAUAUGUUGCAUGUAUACGUUGUUUAAAAUUCAAGGCUGUAUUUAGAGCUGAAUGAUACUCAGACAGAAAAUGAAUUGGUAACAU